UGCUUUCGUGGGGGUGUUCAUAUCUCGCAGAGCGACCCUUCCUCUUCAGCUUUAAUGGCGUUGGAAAUUACACGAACUGCACUCGACGCUACCCAGUAAUCGUAUGAAAUUCUUCAAUCUUUGCAUGCCUUACCAACUGUUCGCGGAUAAAAUCCAAAUGUGAUGUUUAUUGAUGAAAUUGAAAUUUCCAUCACCAAAAACCAUCUUUAGUUAAACUUCUGAGCGAGACCCGAAUGGCUGAUGAUGGUAAUCUCGUAAUGGGAUGUGUUAUUGAACUGCUUUAAUCGAUAUCUUUAAUGGGUUUUCUGUUUCUGGGACUGCUUUGAUUGCUUGGUGUCAGCUUUUUGAUUUUUUCCGGUGGUAUCGGUUGGUUUGUUUUUAUUUUCGGCGUGUGAAGGCGUUGAGACAGGGGACAAGAUGAGAGAGAACGUGAAGCAUGACGAAGAACUUGAGAAGCUGUUAGAUGAGAUCCCCCAGAUUACUUCCUUUAAUCAUCUUCAUCAGCAACCACAUGGUUAUGGUGAGGAUCACAGACAGGCUAUUCAUGGAAUGUAUGAUAUGUAUGAUGAUGAUCCGUUUACUCAUAUGACUAAGUAUCCAUGUGUUUCAUCCCCUAUCAGUGGUUUGUCUCUGCUAUCAGAUGGGUCCUCCUCAAGCCCGUUCUCUGGUAGGUAUCCCUCUUCUGAAAAUGGAUCACCAACGCCACUCCCGUUGGAGGAUUUCAAAUCCCCUAUAUCUUGUUGGAGUUUUAAUUAUCCCAAAAGAUCCUGCUUGGAUUCCAAAAUGUCUGAUUUAACUGUUAGGAAGAAGGAUAAUGAACACCUGGUUGAUGAACUAGACCUCUGUACCAAUUUGAGAAGAAUGCAUUUUAACAGCCAACAUGAGAAGUCUUGUAAUUUGGAAGAUACAUCAGUAGGCACAAAUGGGCUUCCUUUUCGUGACUGUUUGGAUGGAAAUAAUCCCAUCAAUGUUUAUAAACAAGAGGAAUAUAACAAUGUCGGGAGAGCAUUUCUUAACCGUAAGGGAGUUGAAUCCCCUUUUCCUAGUAGUCCUGUUGGUCCUAUGAGUCCUGAUUCUGAAGCAGACGUAGCAUUUCCAGGAUUUCCCCGGGACCAUAAGAUGACCGGUUUAUUUGGAGCACGACACUGUUCCAGAAGGCCUGAGACUAUGAUAUUGCAAUCAAAUGACUUUAGAAGUUCAAUGGAUUCUUCUAGGCACAGAGGACAGCUGAUAAAUAACUGCUGUUAUGGAGACAAUCUGGUACUAGAUCUUACUGCUUCUUUGAAUGGCCACCCUAUGGUUGAUACUUCACCUUAUCUAAAUCAAAAUGGAAUGAGUUUGAUGCAAGAAAGGAGCACGUCAAGAUUUCCAAAUUCUCCCGUUCGUUCUAAUUUAAGGCCAUACUUGAGUGCUCAAAAUUUACAGCAGUAUAACCUUCCUAUGUCUAGUAGAAGAGCUUUUCCCCUUUCAAACACAAGAAUUUCACAAGCAGGUCUAGAUGAUAUUACAAGUGAGGGGAGCUUCAUCAUCCAAGGUGAGGGUUUAAAUUAUGUCACUAGCAAGGGGUUUGAUCAUCCUAGGGGUCAGAGUAAGGGUGCUUUGCGUGACACUGGCUAUAAAAAGCAUCUUCGCAAGUCAGAGCCAGAUAUCCACCGCCUGGUUUUGGGACAUCGUGACAUCCCUCCGAGUGCUAGGACUGAUUGCUCAUCCCCUUUACUACCCAAGUGUAAUUCCCUAGCAGAAGCUAGAGGGUACAUUUAUUUAAUUGCCAAAGAUCAGCAAGGCUGUAGAUUUCUGCAAAGAAUGUUUGUUGAGGGUACCCCAGAAGAUUUUCAAGUAAUAUUCAAUGAGAUCAUCAAUCAUGUUGAUGAACUUAUGGUAAAUCCUUUUGGAAAUUACCUUAUGCAGAAGUUGUUGGAUGUGUGUACUGAAGAACAGAGGAUGCAGAUCAUACUCAUGGUUACUCUAGAACCAAGACAGCUUGUCAGAAUCUCUUUAAACACUCAUGGCACCCGUGUGAUACAGAAGCUAAUCGAGACUCUCAAAACAAGACAGCAAAUUUCAUUAGUUGUGUCAGCCCUUGAACCAGGAUUCUUGGCGCUUAUCAAAGAUCUAAAUGGAAAUCAUGUGAUUCAGCGAUGUUUGCAGUUCCUAAGCAAUGAAGAUAACAAAUUUAUAUUUGUUGCUGCCGCAAAGUAUUGCAUCGAGAUUGCAACUCAUCAACACGGAUGUUGUGUUCUGCAAAGAUGCAUUAAUCAUUCAAGCGGGCAGCAUCGUGAAAGACUGAUUGCAGAAAUAUCUGCUAAUGCUCUUCGGCUAGCUCAAGAUCAAUAUGGAAAUUAUGUUGUCCAAUAUAUCUUAGACUUACGGAAUCCAUAUGCCACUGCUACUAUAAUUUCUCAAUUUGAAGGUCAUUAUGUGCACAUGUCAAUGGAGAAAUUCAGUAGUCACGUGGUUGAAAAAUGUCUUGCUGUAUUCAAUGAUGAGAACCGGUCAAGAGUCAUCAGUGAACUGCUCUCUGCUCCACACUUUGAACAGCUGCUUCAAGACCCACAUGCAAACUAUGUUGUUCAGUCAGCUCUUCGAAAUUCUGAGGGUCAUGUGCAUAAUGCACUGGUUGAAGCGAUAGAGUCCCACAAAGCCGUUUCGCGAAAUAGUCCGUACUCCAAGAAGAUUUUCUCGCAGAAGCUCUUGAAGAAGUGAUGUACAUUCUCCCCUAAUGCUAGAAGAAGUGUUGUUGUAGUUCAACAUUACCAAAGCUGCAUCAUGCCACUACAAUUAUAAUAUAUGCAUUCUAUGUUUAUUUAACUUUAAGUUGAUACUGAUCAUAACCAUACAAAGGACUAGCUCUUUUAAAGAAGUGCUUACCCUUCUGGUCAGCUGUGUCUGGGAUAAAAAAAAAAAAAAAAAGAGGCUAAGACGAUUUUACUCCUAUAGUUAAGUUUCUCGACAUGCUUUUGUAUUGUCUUGUAUUUUAACAUUUUGAAUAUGAUCAUCCUGUUAAUUAUGAUAUUAUCACUGUACUGAGACUGUACAGUGUAUAGAACGUUAGGACGUUUUAGCUGUUACUGUAUAAAGUACUAUGAGGAGACUCUCUCAUAAUAACUCACUUUAUUUUGUGGGCAA